AUGGAGGGUUCUUGCAACCCGGCUAGGGUUGUUGGGCAAUGCAAGGUUUCUCCACCACCAGGCUCAGUUCCUACCACCUCUCUCCCUCUCACUUUCUUCGACAUUGUUUUCCUCUUCUGCGGUCCGGUUGAAUUUGUAUACUUUUAUGAGUUCCCUCACCCUCUUCACCACAUCACCCAAACCAUCCUCCCCAAGCUCAGACACUCUCUUUCCCUAACUCUCCAGCACUUCUUUCCCUUGGCCUCAAAUCUCAUCUGCCCUCCACCACCCUCCAAACCCUUUCUACAUUACUCCGAGACUGACCGAACCUCACUCCUAUUGACCAUUGCCGAGUCCUCAAGCAACUUCAACCGCCUCACAUCCCACCGUGUAAACAAUGUUGCACAAUCCCACUUCCUUGUUCCACCAUUGCCACCAGCACGCGUGUUGGAGGAUGGCACGCGUGUGGUCACUCCUGUAGCAUUGCAACUCACUGUGUUCCCCAACUCCGGGAUCUGCAUUGGCAUUAAUUUUCUUCAUGCAUUGACUGAUGGGAGUUCUUUGCAUCAUUUCAUGAAGUCAUGGGCAUCUGUUUGUUUAUCACAAGGAGUCAAGGCUUUGACUAGUACUCCCCCAUCCCAUAAUAGAGGUUUGAUUAAAGACCCAUGCGGCCUUGAGAACAAGUUCUUAGCUGCAUGGAGAAGUUGGACGCCUAUCCCAUGGGAGCUUCACAUGAACCCAUUCCAUCCCUCCCUAACUGAAAACGUCCGAACCACAUUCGUGUUGAGUAGACCAAAAAUCGACAGACUUAAACAGUGGGUGUCUAGCUUAUUCAGUGCUGUUCAUGGUUCUAAGCCACCCCAUAUGUCAUCAUUUGUAGUUAUAUGCGCUUUGACAUGGGUUUGUUUAGUCAAAGCAGAGGAGAUCAAUGAUGAUGAAAUGCAAUGCUACUUCAAUUACUCGGCUGACAGCCGAAACCGGCUUGAGUAUCCAUUACCUAGUUCAUAUUUUGGGAACUGUUUAUCAAUACGUUCUACUCAAGUGAAGAAGAGUGUGCUAGUUAAGGAAAAUGGUCUCAUUAUGGCAGUGGAUGCUAUUGGAAAAAAUGUGAAAGAUUUGGAGAGUGGGGUUUUGAGAGGAGCUAAGGAGUGGACUUCAGAUUGGGACGAGGGUACUAAUAGUCCUCCAAUGCAUUUAACCUUGCUUGCUGGCUCACCAAGACUUGAUUUUUAUAAUGACAUUGAUUUUGGGUGGGGGAGACCCAAAAAGAGUGAGGUUAUAAACGUUGAUUUUGAUUUUCCGAAGUUUAUUUACCUCAGUAAUAGUAGAGAAGAGGAAGGUGGGUUUGAGAUUGUCCUGGCAUUAGAAAAGGCAAAAAUGAAGUCCUUCACUUCCAUCUUUGAACAAGCUUUGAAGCUCCCGGAAUCGCAUUUAUAA